AUGUCAUACGAAUCGAUAAUAUUCAUUGCACGAGAGGUGAUGGUGUACCAGAUCCCGCCAUUGAAGACAUCAAAGGGCUACCGGGCGAGCGAGUGGGAUGUCGCGAAGCCGCUGUGGACGGGCCGGUUGAAGGUGGUGGAGAAGAGCGUGCCGGUGCGGGCGGAGGCGUACGAUUCGUCCGAGCUGCGGUGCGAGCUGAUGCUCGAGGACGGGAAUACGGGGGAGCUGUUUGCGACGGCGGUGUAUGGCGCGAACGGGAAGGGGGUGGAGCAGGUGGUGGACUCGAGUCGGUUUUUCGUGAUCCGGGUGGUGGAUGGGGAGAGACAUGCGUAUUUGGGGAUGGGCUUUCAGGAGCGGAGCGAGUCGUUUGAUUUUAAUAUCGCGCUACAGGAUUACAAGAGACACGCGACACCGGGAACAGGGCUGACAGAGGCAACAAAUGCGAAGGAGCCGACGAAGGACUACUCGUUGAAGGCGGGCGAGACGAUCACGGUGGAGAUUGGGAACAAGACGCGACGGAGAAAGGCGGGGAGUUCGAGCGGGAGUAGUAACAGCAGCGGUGCUCUGCCUUUCCUUCCACCGCCGCCGUCAGCAGCGCAAGUGAAGCAGCAGCAGAGUGAACAGGAGGAACAGGAUGAUUUUGGUGAAUUUGUGUCGUGA